AAACUAAUCCAGAAGCUAACCAGGUUCGCUUGUUUCCAUUCCUUCGCUAUCGUAUCUGAUAUCUCUGCAGUCUUCUGAUCUCCCACCACCGCCCAGUCAAUGCCGCAGAGGAUGUUUCGCCUUACUUCGUAGCAAGUCCAAAGGUCUUUUCACUCGACGUGCUAGACACCCCAACACCUCCCAACUCGUUUCUCCCAUGACGGAUGUAAGACAGGUGGGUAGUGUCUUCUGUGAGUGUGUACUGCAGUAUUCUUAACAAAUUCCCAAAGCAGGACUCUGCACAGCUUGUAGUACCAGAAGAGGUAGUCAACAAGCUUCCGAACAUGAGCUCUAACCAUCCUAGUGUUUCGCUCAAUGACCCCUACGAUGGCAGUUAUAACGUGAGUGAACGGUCCUGCGCAACACUUGAACUUACUUGAUUAAUCUCCAUGCAGGACCCCACCUCAGAUCAGCAUGCUCAACGACAGUCUGACAUGCUCCCCACAACAGACCAAUCGACGCACGAAGGUCAGACAGCCCAUGGUGCCGAAUUGAAUGACUUCGCAACCAGUCUGACCGACAAACCUGGUUUGGAUGAGGCAAAUGAAGCUCGCCGGGAUGCUAGAGAGGCCGUUUCUAGUUUAAAAUCCGUUUCUGGGCCUGUGCAAACUGCGCUGUCGGGCAUCAAUGAUGCAGGACACCUGGUUGCUGCGGUCGACCACAUCAUCCCGUUGCUUGGAAACCUUUCCAAGUUCAAUUCUCUUGUUGAUACGAUUGCAGAGAUCCAUCCAUACGCCAAGGCAGCAUGUGGUGUCCUGUCAGUUGUGUCCAAGACAAUAACGCUCCAAGCAACUCGCGACGACUCAAUCAGCCAGCUCCUUUCAAAGAUGGAUGAGGUGUACAUAUUUCUCACAGAGAACGACCUGGCAGCUCUCACAUCAAUGAAAAGUGUUGUCGUGCGGAUAUGUCAGCAGACGCUCGAGUGUUCCUAUUUCCUUCGCGAUUACUCCAAGAGCAAGAAUUUUUGGAUCAGGCUGGGCAGAAAUGUCGUAUCGGAAACUGAUGGCAGAGUAAAGGGAUACAACACCGUGUUCGAUGACCUCAUGCAACAGUUUCGGGAUAGGGCAGCGCGGGACACAGUGGUGGUCGUGCACCGGAUCAAGUUGGAAGGCAUCCAGGAGCUGGGUGUAAGCCUGACGCUUACGCAACCUAUGACGCAGCAUAUGACGCAGUCCCUUCGGCGUCUCACCUAGCACAUCGCUGCUUGGACACCGUGCACGAUACAUAUAGCUUGACCUAUCUGUACUUAGAUAGAUCUCAUCUCUUUCUUACCGCUUGUCAAUCAUACGCUCUUCCACGUUAUCGUUCCGUCUGUUAGUGUUGUCGACUCUUGAUGUUCCUUAACAUACACGCUCCAGUCGAAGGUGCGGACCUGAGCGGAAUGAAAU